AUGUCUCGCCCUACAGCCCUUUCAUCUCCGCCUUCGAACCCACCAACGCCAUUCACAUUCGACUCAAUACCCGAUGCUAUAGAAGCCGUUUCAAGGGGAGGAUUCGUAGUGGUCAUGGACGAUGAAUCGAGAGAAAACGAAGGUGAUUUAGUGUGCGCGGGUAGUAGGAUCACUACAGAAGGAAUGGCAUGGAUGAUCAAAUGGACUAGUGGCUUCAUAUGUCUUUCCUUACCUCCAUCUCGACUUCAAGCUUUAGAUCUACCGCCAUUACUUCCACCUUCAGGUAAAUCACAGGAUCCAAAAGGCACAGCAUACCACUUGACGGUUGAUGCAAAUUCAUCAAAACAUCCAGUAACGACAGGUAUAUCAGCUCAUGACAGAGCUUAUACUGCUAGGCUGUUAGCUGAAAAUGGAGUAGAAGAUGAUUUGACUAGACCUGGGCAUAUGGUCACGCUAAGAUACAGACCGGGGGGCGUGAGAGAAAGAAGAGGUCAUACGGAAUGUGCUGUAGAUCUGUGUUAUCUAGCAGGUCUCCCUCCCGCAGGUUUAUUAUGUGAACUUGUCCAUCCAUCAAAGGAAGAUGGAUCAAUGGCUAGAAGAGAUGAUUGUUGGAGAUUCGCAAGAGAAUGGGGAUUGAAAAUCAUCAGUGUGGAAGAUUUAGCAGAAUACGUCAAAGUUAAUGGCUCAGGUCUUGUUCCUGAGAAAGAGGAUCAUCAAUAG